GUAAUUUGGAAUUACCCGAAAUUUCCCAAAUUAAUGAAGUAUAAAGAAAUGUUAUCACCAGUUGAAUUUAAAAAAGAACGAAAGUGAAAGUAAACCAGCGAACCGACGCGGCACAUUCAAACAGUUGAACCCAACGGCCAGAAGUAAAGACGAACAGCAGCAGAAUAGGUGUCUUGCAGUGCUUUGAGGUGGAUAACUGUUGCCAUUUACACCUGCAUAUGACUGUUUUGACUGCCUGGUACAACAAGCAACUGUAUCUUUGAUCUCUUCGAAGUAAAAAUGGCAGUUACUCGAUAUAAUCGUGGAAGCAAAGAACUGGUGUUCCUUUAUGAACAUAAAAGUAUAGAAGAAUUAAGGGAGGAGGAAUUAAAUGAACACAUGUGGAGACGGUAUCUCAGAAGAAGACCUCUACUACCGAAAGUGAAAUUAACCAUCUCUAAACUUCAGCAUGUCACAACCAAAACGGGAGUGAAAGGAAUCAUUAGAAAUGGAUUUAAAGGUGAAUACUAUGCUAUUGGUAAUUGUAAUUAUGGUCCUUUUUCCUAUUGGAGUGGUAUUGUUGAUCCUGAAGAAGUAGAAACAGAAAUAAGCGACUGGAUUGAAGAAAAUACAGAACUAGACCCAUCGGACAUGAAUGCUAAUUCUCCUGCGUUUUCAGAAGAGUCUCUCUAUGGAAAUUACAAGUUCUCCUUGGACUUUGAAGAUGUGCUAAAUGCCUACGAGUAUAGGUUUUGUGGUGGUGAGGAUGCUGUUUUCCGGGUGUUUGGAACGUCCUGCUUUAAACAGCAAAUUGUGUAUACGGUGGUUGUUCACAGUCCCUAUGAGGAUCAGUUUUGUGACUUUCCGCUUCUCCCGAAUGAUCCAGAUAAUAGCAUUUGUGGCCUAGAGGACGAUACCAUUUUCUGGUGGCCAGAAUCUGUUAGCAGCUUCAAUGAAUAUAACGAGGAUGAAAACAUUGAUUGGAGAAAAUAUUUUGUAUGGGAUCAUUUGGUGUUUGCUUUCCAUGUUGAGCAUUACCUCCAAUUUGCAAAAGCUUUCCUCUUAAAGCACCUUACACCAUGCCAUCUCUAUGAAGUAAAUAUAUGCAUGGAAAAAGAAACAAGACGUACCGCCAAAAAGUGCAUCAAGUGGCUAAAAUACUGCAAUAGAUAGUGAAGGCACAAACGGGUAAUAGAUGCAAUUCUUUAGGGCAGUAUCCAAAUAUUUACUUUCAUCAUUUUUACACAGACUGCUCUGUCCAUCCAUUUCUUAAAACCCGCUUAUUAUAUUUCAAGAUUACCCGUUAAUUAGAACUUACCUUUUAAAAGUGCCAUUCAGCUGAAAUGUAUUUGUGCUUUGAUUCAUAUUUCAACAGAAAUUGUGUUCAUGAGCUGUUACUAUACUUUGAAACAAAUCCACUGCCAAGAUUUGAGGUCAUGAGCUCUAUUCCAGUCUAUCAUUUUCUAACCUUGUCUAUCCAGUUUAGGAAAGUGGGGAGCUAGCGUAGAUCCCAGCAGCGCUGGGAAAAGGCAGAAACCAGUCAUUCACAUGGACCAGAGUACAAUGUGUUAUGUCUAAGUUUUGACAUACAGAAUAGGCACAAUUAGCCUUUUUAAAUAUACGGUUCAAUCCACCAACAUAAAGAAGCAGCAAGCAUGUUUUUGCCAGACAGCUUGGAGACAUUUUCAGAUUUAUAGAGGGAGGACUUACACAGUACUGCAGUGUUACACAACUUCACAGCUUCAGACACCUGGAUUCAAAUCCUGGCUGGGAAGUUUGCAAGCUCUUCCAGUAAUUUUUUGGGAUUUCCAUCCUGAUCCCAAAUAC